AUGUUGUGCUUANUUUUACGGGUGAACUUUUGGGCAAGUGAAUUAUGCGUCUACAAAAGGAUUAAUGAAACGCUUAAGAGUGCUUCGGUGAUCAGUGGUGCUUAUGUACCGUCGUCAGAGCGAGGCGGUUCUGCAUCGGCUGCCAAGAAGAAAGUUUUGCCGAAGCCGGACAUAUGGCCCGUGGAUAGUGUGGUGCCAACGAGCUGGGAGGAACGUGAUAUGUCUGAGGGCACCGAUUCUUUAGUGCAGCUGCAGGAGAACUUAAAACCAAUUGGUAAAAUGGCUAAAAAAGAAGUGACAGAUGGCGUUGAUGAUCAAGAACACGUCGUCACUGGUGGAGGAAAGAAGAAAAAAGGUAAAAAAGAGAAGGCCAAACAGCAAGCACAACACCAAAUGAAAAGCAAACAAGACGUUAAGAUUACUGCAUCUGCAUCGAAAGUGGACGCGGGCAAAUCUGAAGCUGAGCCAUUCCCAGCGUUGAAUGGUACAGCAGAUACGACGAAGCAAAGUGAUCGAACAGGAGAUUCAUUAUCUGAGGGCAUGAAAAAAGCUGGAGAACGAGUGGUCUCAGUGAAGGAAUCACCGGAAGCAACGGAUAUCAGUGCUACACCGGUUACGAGUGCAACAACUGCGACAAGUUUUUCACAGAUGCUUUCAAAUGCGUUCUCUUCAUUAAUGGGUGCCAGUGUAGUGGGUGGAGGGAACGGCACUAAAAUUGUUAGUAGUGAAGAGAAAGGGAGACAAUCCUCGAAAGUGGUCAAUGAACUGAGAAAGAACGCAUCGAGGAAGAAGAAGAGCUCGGUUGAGCAGGACAAGAUAAUAGACGAAGUGGACGAGGAUUUUCCAUCGUUGUCAGGCGGAAAUGAUGCUGGAAGUGAUAAAUUGGCCAAGGUUGCGGGCAAGAGCGCUACCGACGCUUCUGCGGUCGAGUCUUCGGCUUGGACAAAAGGUGCACCUGAGCUGAGUUCUACAUCGGCUAAAAGUACAACAGGCUCCAGAAGGAGUAUGAAGGGAGAGUUGUUAACGGGAGCAGAAACAAAAUCAAAUGGAAUUUCGUUGGUGAAUGCAAACGCUUCGUCAAAGAUCGCUCAACAGAGUAGUGCAUUGUCACGGCCUUCAGCCACACCAACAAGUUUUGUGCUGCUACCGCCAGGUCUUGAUAUCGGGAAAGGCGGCACAUCUAGUGGCGGUGGUGGUGGUAGUAGUGGAAGUGCUCCGGCCGUAAGCGCGUCAGGAGUUCGUUUAGCACCACCGGGUCUUGCGCCUCCGCCUGGCUUUGGACCGCCACCGGGUUUCGAGGCGGCCUUCGCAUCGGCCAAGAAAGCAACAUCAGCUGAUCAAGUGGUGAGCAGCAGCAGUAGCUCAGCCACCAAGAUUACAGUUGCAAGCACUCAGAAACCUAAGAAUUCGUGGAAGACGGUCCCAAAAAAGGGUAAGAAUUGA